GCUGUGCUAAGCUCUCUUCGUUCUGAGGCAUGUCGCCUCUAUAUAAUAGGAGAUGAAGUUCGCAACGGUUUAUCAGACAAAAAUAUAUACAUUUGUGCAUAUCUUUUGAUAGUCAUGUCCACCUAAUUUUUUUUUUGUGAUUUUUUAGUAGAUAUAUAUUUUAUUAGUAUUUGUAUCUUCCAUCUUAGCACCAAAAGACGAAAAUGUCAACUUCUCAGGAAUUGUGCCUGACAUUUUUACUGGUAGGAAAAACCGGAAGUGGGAAAAGCUGUACGGGAAACUUUAUCCUCGGUGACAAAGUUUUCAAGGACAGCGAUUUAUUCCAAUCUGAAACGAAUCAAAUUCAAGUCCGAAGUGCUACAGUAGAUGGCUACACUCUAACUGUCGUCGAUACGCCUGGGGUCAUGCACACUGGUUUGGACCUGGAAGCCAUCAAAUUAAAAACUUGCAACGAAAUGAAAGAAGCGGUCAGCAAAUGUCCAGACGAAGGCAAAAUGGCCGUCGUUAUUGUUUUAAAGUACGGCGACCGUUUCACUGAAGAAAAUAAAACAACCGUUGAUAUUUUGAAACAAAUGUUUGGUGAGGAAAAUUUGUGCAGAUCUUGUGUUAUCGUCAUGACCUACGGCGAUGAAUACGUUAAGAAAUAUAAAGGGAACAAACAGUUUAAAGUUUGGAUGGAAGAACAAAAGGGAGCACUGAGUGAAUUGUUGGAUAAAUUAGUUCACUAUAGAUGUGUUCUAUUCAAUAACAAAUGUAAAGAUUCGCAAGAUGUUCAACGACAAAGACAGAGAAUCAUUGACUUGGUGAACGAUUUAGAUCAAGGAUACACCAAGGCACAAUUUUCACUCCUGAAGAGACAACAUCACAGACUAGUAUUCGAAACAAAAGUUGGCAGAAUGAAAAGGGACUAUUACCAGAAAAUAAACAAACUUUAUGAGUGCUUUCAUUCUAUUUGUACGCUAUCAAAAUGCCUGGACACCUAUGAUAACCUAAACAGCGCAUUGAGGAAUUAUUUAGAAGAAUUGAACAAGGCAGACGACCCAAGAACUAUUUUUUACCGCGAAGGUGAACCGCUAUUCUUUGAUGAGUUGCGAGGAAAAUUGUACACACUAGAAACGAUGGUUGAAAAACAACAAAAGCUAGAUGAGUACGUAAUAGACUUGAAAAGCCUUACAGAAAAGUUAGAGAAAUGCAUUCUAUUGAAUACAUUUGAUGAAUUGGAUAAUUUAGAAAAAAAAUUUAACUAUCUCUCAGAAAAUAUUACACAAAUCACUGUCACUUUUAAUAAUAAGCUAGAAAUGGCCCAAACAAAAUUAUUGGAAGCUAAGCAAAUUAGAACUCACAAUAUGCUCGGAUCUCAAUUAGAAGGGCUACAGACUGAGUUUAAGGCAAUUGGAAUUCCAGCUUUAGUGAGUACCUUCAGCGAGUUAUUGGAUAAAAUAAAGAAGUUAGGCGAUACUAUAGAGGCUGAAAAUAAUGCGCUUGGGGGUAUGGUCGAUCUACUGGAAGCCGUUGAAGACUUUAAAGAACGCUUAGAGAGCAAAAAGAUAGACAAUGACAUCUGGAUAGGAUGGACGACCACUAGUGUGAUCCUGACAGGAGCAAGUGUUGGCACUGCAUUCAUUCCCUUUGCUGGCUGGCCUAUAACAGUGGCUUUGAAUUUGAUACCAGUGUUUGGAAGACUUAUCCACAUAAAAGUGGCUCAAUAUCAAAGAUCCAGGAGAUCGGCCAUUUCGAUGAACACCCGUUAUUUAACGCUCUUGUUGGUGGGGAAAACUGGGAGUGGCAUAAGUUCAACAGCGAACACAAUACUGGGACAGCAUACGUUCGAAACCAGCGAUAAUUCAAACACAGAAACAUCACAAGUACAAGUCAAAACUGUCAUUGAAGAUGGAUUCAGCUUAACUGUUGUUGAUACGCCUGGUCUUAUGUACACAGGCCUGGACUCUGACGAAACCAAGUUAAAAGCUUGCAAUGGUUUACAAGAAGCAGUCAGCAAGUGUCCAGACAAGGGUCAAACGGUGGUCAUUAUUGUCCUUAAAUACGGUGACCGUUUCAGUGAGGAGAACAGAACUGUGCUUCAUAUUCUAAAACAAAUGUUUGGUGAAGGAAAUUUCGGUCAGUCUUUUGUUUUGGUCGUAACAUAUGGCGAUGUGUACGACCUGAAAUAUCCAAAUGGACAAAUGUUUGAUAGUUGGAUUAAAGGCCAAACCAACGAUGUAGGCGAUUUGCUGUCUCUAGUUCAGUACAGAUGUGUCAAAGUCAAUAACAAAUGUAAAGAUGCAGGUAAGAAGAGAGCUCAAAGGAAGAGCUUAUUUGACUUAGUCACUAGCUUGGAACACGGCUACUCCAGAGAACAAUUUUCUCAGUUACAUAAACAACAUCACAGACUUAGGCUAGAAGCCAAAUUGUCGAAAAAGCAAGCCUUCUAUAGACUAAAAGAACUAAAAUGGUCAAAGAAAUUUUAUUUGACCAGUUUGACUUCGAAAGACUCAAACAGUUACGACCUACUUUCUAGAAAAAUUAGUAAACACCUGGAAGAGAUGGACGGAAUGGAUGGUGGUGAGCGCAUAUUCUACAACGAGGAAGAGUCUCGUUUUUUUGCUGGAUUUAGAAAACGACUAGAACUUUUAGAAAGAAAUGUAAAAACAGAGCAAGCUAUUGUAAAACAUGAAAAUCUUAUUGAUCAGUUAACGGAAGACUUAGACACAAUUGGCAGCAAUUGGGGCAUAGAUGAAAUCAAUCACCAUGAGGAGAAGUUGAAAAUUGUUAAAGAAAAGUUCGCCAGCGAUAAGGACUUCUGCUUGAGAUUCAAAUUACAUAAAGCCGAAUCCAGACUAAAAGAAAGCAAGAGAAACAAAAUUAGUGAAGAAUUUCGCGCCAAAAUUAAUAAGUUAAGGACAGAUUGGGAAAGUGUCAAACGACACAUUACUUCCGUGUCAAGUUUUGUAAGACUUAUUGAUAGUCUCGACGAGGUAAACCUAGAAUUAACUAAACACAGCAGACAUCUGAAAGGUUUGGAAGAUCUUCUAAAUGAGGUUGAAGAUUUAAGCUUCCAAAUGCAUAGCUUUGAAAAAGAUCUUAUGAAAUUCUCUUAUAAAAUUAAUAACAGUAACAUGUGGUUGAUAAUAGCUGUUAUUAUUGCUUGUUUAAGUAUUAUUACAGGUCUAAUUAUCGCCUCUAGUGUGUUUGCAGUAGUCGCAGUGUUGCUGACCAUCAUGGUACUGUUAUUCCUUGUUUUCGGUCGAUGGCUGCCCACGAUAUUUGUUACAGCUCAGAUGAGAGACCAGGAAAGUUUCACAUUACAAGGCAUUGAAUCUAAAGAAAGUAUGUGAUCAAAGUAGACUCCGACUAUGCAUCUAGUCAUAAAAAAAUCGUUGAGAAAGAGGAAAAGUAAGCGCCUCUGAUUCUGGUCCAGAUUAUACAAAGAAAGACGGAUUUAUACAAAUACUCCUUCUUCCACAGUGCUAUUUUAGCAUGGAAUGGGUUGCCUGAGUCAGCCAGGAAAACCAGUGACAUGGACGAGUUUAAGACAUUGAUUAGCACGCAUGACUACAUCGACCUAAGCACACGCGUAGGACGUAAUCAUCGUUUUUUGAAGUAACGUCUGUAUUUUAUAAGAUGAGAAGACAUGAGACUCAGUCUUUAAUUUCUACUCUUCUUCUACAAUGUUAUAAUAAUGAUUAUUCUAGACAGAUGGUGAAGCGUGACCAAAAUUCAAUCAAUAUUUAGUUUAAUUAAUUUAUAUUAACGUAAAUGAGUUUAUGAACAUGUAUUGACUUAUACUACCUUACAUAAACCCAACGUUAUAAAUACAUUCCAUUUGUUACAUAAAUAAUAGUAUAAUCUAUUAUUUUUAUGGCUCAUCUUAACCGGUGCAGUAUACAUUCCAUGUAUUUCCAUAUAUCUGUGGCAUUUUAAGUCUCGAGAGACAAUCUUUUCCUUUUGCAACUUCUUAUGUGGCUAAAGAGGCCAAUUCUUGAUACACAGCUGCGGUUGCAGAUUGGGCAUAUACCGGUAUAUAUAUAUAUUCCAUAUUUUUCUGUGCCUCAGAUGCCCGAUGUGCCAUGGUCCCUCCCUUCUCUUUCUAGUGUGGCCUAAUGAAUGCUAUGCGAUAAUUUUCGCAACAAAUCACUUGCAUGAGCUAAAGAAAUGAAUAUUGUAGAAGCUAGUUCUUAAUGAAGGGGACUGCCAUUGAAAGAGGUUCUAACCAAGGCAAAAGACAGAGAGGAAUUGAGAAAGACGGUUGACGAAUCUUGCAUGGUGCCCCAACGGUCCAACAGACUAAGGGUUAGGUAAAGUUAAAGUUCUUAAUGAGCUCUACUUCCGAUUUGUUCACCAGGUUGACUCUUAAAGUAUUAGCAACGCCAGUCAGCGAUAAGUUCCAAUUAGUGUGUGUCUAUCCUAGAUAUAUUUUUAUUGCGAUCUACUCUAAGCUCACAGUUUCUUACCCUCUUCAUAUGUCAGAAAAAAGAAUUUUUUUACAUCUUAUUCACGAGAUCGAGAUUUUGAUUUUCCUUAAAAAUUGAAUUUUGAAAAAUUAUUAUCAUAAUGAUAUAUAUCUAUAUAUAAUCAUUGGUAAGAAUUUAAUAAUUAUCAUAGGUGUUUGCGUGAAUGGUAAAUUUGAAAUAAUAUUAUUUUACUAUGAAAAUUAUUUUCUCAGGGCCGGCUUUAGGUAAUUGGAGGCCCUAGGCUAAGUGUAAGAAACAGAAAAUUCUUUCUGUAUCCCAAAAUGGCAAUUUCAGGAGAUUUCCAGGACCUACUGUUAAAUCGACAGGAGGCCGCGGGAAAUCUGUUAUAAGUUAUAAAAUGGUUUAAUUUAAUAAUUUAUACAUCUAAAAUUAGCGCGGGUCCUAAUAAAGUGCGGGGCCCACUGCGGUCGCAUAUGUUGCAGUGGCCUAAGGUCGGUCCUGCAAAAUAGCGGCGUAUGAUACGCCGCCGGUCGACUAGUAAGUUAUAUUCAAAUAGCGCAGUUUUCGUAGCGUUCAAAUAUCAUUGUGUAAGCAUGUUAAACAUAUUCGUAUAGAUGUUCAAGCUCAAACCAAGAUCAUCGGAUUAAUAACAUUUCACCAAAAGGAAGAAAAAAGGUCUUCUAAUUUAAUAAUUAUAUUCGGAUUUUCAAUAGCAAAGACUAAGAGCGAGGCUAGUAGACACAGAGCCAUAUAGUUCUUCUAUGUUUGAGUUUAGAUCCGUGUUUCGCAAGUCAGUGCGAGGCUCUAACCGAUUGGAGACCCUAGGCGGCUGCCUAGUUUGCCUAUGGCUAAGGCCGGCCCUGCUUUUAUGCAUGGGUUGUAAAGGUGCCUUGUAAAAAGAUGUCUAAUAUAUAUUUCUCUCUCUUUACAUUUAUGUAUGUAUGUUUAUAUACUUUUUUGUCGUAUAUUUUUUGUGAACUCAAGAUAUGAAGUUUGAGAAGCCUUCUCCACACUAGGCUUGAGUAGUUUUGACUGUCUUUGCUGUGGUUGAAAUAAUUGCAAUCUGAAUUAAAAAAACUUAUUUCAAAUC